AUGAAUCAUAACAUCGGCACUGGCAGGUUCUUAUUAAAGCCAUUACAGGAUAUAAACUUGAGUAAAAACGGCAUUGAUUUUAUUGGCAGUUUGCUAACAGUGGAUGCUCAACACAGACCAAACGCCACUGUUUGUUUGAAACUGCCAUGGAUGAUGGAAACCGAAGAGUCGUUCAAUAGCGGGGAGUCUGUUCUAGAAGAAUUACCAAUAACACCAGCCCGCCAGGCACCCGCACCUCCACGACCAUUGCCACCAAUUCCUCCAUCCGCAGCACAGCUUGCUGCUGAUUCUCCAGUAAGAUCGACUGUAAGACCAGCUGCUGUGACUCCUGGUAAAGUAUCAGGGCUUCCAGCACCAGAAUCACCAGCUGUGGAUCCAGGUCCUGCUGAUCUCCAAUCGUCAUACAAUGAAGAGCUUCCUAUUUCCAGUCUUCAAAUCAGAUCCUCAGUUGAACCUGAAAUUCCAGAUAACACUGACAGUAAUGACAAGUCUGAACAGGAAAAGGCUCUUAAAGAUUACGAAUCGUUAGAAGCAGAGUACAACAGUCUACCAGCCCUUGCUGAAUGCGACUCAGACUCGGAUUCGCAGGAAAUCAAAGAGCAUGUCGAGGCACAGUUGUCACAACGGUCCAACAAAUACGGCGAUUCGUCGAUGCAAGUUGAAUCCUCGUUCGACUCUGGCAUUCAUCUUCGCAACGGACUGGCUUCUUCACCUGGUCACAAAGUAUUGCCGUUCCAACAACCCGGAGUACGCGACUUUGACAGUAUUGGCAAUGCCGACCAACCUCCUCCAGGAGCAUACAUGCGUCUUGACACUCUACCGAACAGUAUUCCAUUUCGCGAUAUCUAUGUCACACGACCCGUAUUCACAUUGGGUAGAGUUCCAGACAAUGACGUACAAGUUGAAGAGAGACGAGUUUCUAAACGGCACUGUGAAAUCAUCCGAGUUCCACAUUCGGGUUCAGGGGUCAAGCAAGAGAUUUGGCUUGUGGACCGGUCAUCCAACGGCUGCUUUCUCAACGGCGAACUUAUUGGAGCGGGGAAAAAAGCGCUCAUCGAGUCUGGCGAUACUAUCUGUCUCUUCAUAGACAUGGAUCGCGACAACAAACGUAAGUCUAUUUUUCACACCCACAAGCACAUCUGUAGCUCAGAUUCACUAACAUACUACGCAGGUCACAUCACGCUUGGAUUCAGUGCGAAUAUCCUCGAUGCCGACGACGAAGGGUACCUUAAAAGAUGCCAGCUGAUCCAAGAGGGCGGCCAGCCCGUAACGGCUGCCGAACCGGCAGUCCUUGCCACGCCAAGUGAAGACAGCGAUUCCAGUCCCAUCCGCAAACAGCUCCAUUCAUACACCGACGCGCCCAACAAUAACAACGCCACCGACACCCGGCCCAAUCUGUCACGACUCCCGUCCAAAAAGCGGGCUUUUGGCGUAAGUAUCUCCUGCUUCGCAGGAGCAACCAGGGUCUGGGGCGGAGCCCCAGCCGCCGGAGGCAGUACCACCAGCCACUAA